CUCAAUCCUUCUUUUUCCCUACUACAAAAAAAGUGCGUCAAUCGAAUCAAAAACACGCGUACGCUUGCAUGACCCCGCGUUGCCACAUCCAAAUUUCACUUGAUCUUGUUUUGAAUCUUCUCUCGGCUCACUCUACUAUUUUAUGUCUAUCAACACCUUUAUACCAAAGAACUACUUUGCUUCGUUUCACUAUAAAAGAACCCCAUUUUUUCGUUCUUUUCAAUUCCCCCGAUUCUUUAAUUUCACCAAACUUCUCAAAAUGGCUUCUUAUUCCAAGGGAAAACCCGAAGAUGCUAAAGUAACUGAAGUUAUCAAUUUGAGCUCGAAAGACGCUAAAUGGAUGAAACUCGAGAAAAUCAAAUAUAUUGAUCCUCUUGGAAAAAAUCGCGAUUGGGAAUGUGCUUCCAGAACAACAAGAGUUGAGGGAUCGGAUGUCGAUGGCGUUGGUGUAUUAGCCAUUCUCUUAAAGCCGACAGGUACUGAAGUUGUUCUUCAAAAGCAAUUCAGAGCUCCUCUUGGUGGUGUUUGUAUAGAGACACCUGCUGGUUUAAUGGACCCAAAUGAAACAAUCGAAGAAUGUGCUCUAAGAGAGUUGAAAGAAGAGACUGGCUAUUUUGGUUCAAAAGUAAUUGAUCAAUCCCCAAUAAUCUAUAAUGAUCCAGGAUUUUGUAAUACAAAUCUAAGCCUUGUUGUGGUUGAAAUAGAUCUCAAUGAUGAAAGAAAUAAAAAUCCUGUUCCUCAAUUGGAAGAAAAUGAAUUUAUUGAAAAUUUUACGGUCUUAUUAAAGGAUUUGCCUGAAGAGUUGAAUAAACUAGAAGAACAAGGCUACUAUUUAGAUGCUAGAGUCCAAAAUGUCGCUGCUGGUAUAAAAAUUGCAAGAACUUAUAAACUAUUUUAGAAAAAAAAAAAAAAAAUAACUUUUUAUUAAAUAGAAUUUUUUAUCUAAAAUAUAAUUACCCAUUUCUUUUAUUGUUCGACCAUUUAGUGUAUUAUUCUAGAAUUAACAUUUUCAAUUAAUCUAAUAAUAUACUCACCAGUAUUCUCAUUUUUAAUUCUCAAUCCUUUUCUUUCAUAAUCAUCAAUUCCCCAAAACAUAAAACUAUCUUUUUCAUACUCUUCAAUAUACUCAUGAUCAGGAAUCAAAUCCCAAUCUUUAUCUGCUUCUAACCGUUUUCCUGCGAUUAUUGCCGUUAAAUAAGUCCAGCAUUUCGAUACGCUUUUAUUAUUAUACCCACCUCCUCCUAAUACCAUCAUGUUAAUCUUCAAUUCAAUUAAUUUUUCCAAAACAUCUCCAUAGCCCUUGUAUGUCAAAUUCCAUUGUUUGUGUUCAUCCGAAAAAUGACCAUCGCA